AUGGCAUCUACAAGUCUAUCAUUUCCCGUAAGUUACACGGGCAAUGUGUACGAUAUAAAGAGCUUCCUACGGGAUCAUCCCGGCGGUGUGGGGACUUUGGAAAAGUAUAAAGGGAAGUCUAUCUCGAAAGUUAUGAGAGCGUAUGGCCACAGUAACAGCGCGUAUCACAUGUUGGGGGACUUUAAAGUUAGUGAUGCUAAUCUGACGGGGGCUGUUAGUGAUCGGGGAAGGAUUAUAACGAAGGAUGAAGAGGAGUUGGAUGAUAAGGAGAUAGCGUUCCUCGAGGAAUUGGAGAGUAGACUCGAUUGGUCCAAGCCUCUUCUGUCGCAGCUUCAUAAAAUAGCUCCUCACUAUCAGAAAUGGGUGAAUAGUGCGGUUUAUAGGAAAUGUCGUCUGUUUGAGAGCCCGCUGUUGGAAGGCUUGACCUUUACCCCAUGGUACCUCGUGCCCAUGUUUUGGAUCCCCGUCAUUAUUUACCUGAUGGUCACAGAAUGGUUCAGUCAUGUAUAUUGUGGAGAUUGCAAGAGCCCAAUCACAGAAGUGGAAUUUGUUUUCCACAUGGCGAUCGGCGUCUUGGUGUGGACUUUCCUGGAGUACUCGCUACACAGAUGGGUGUUUCAUUACGACCCUGGCUCAUCAAUAACAUUGAUACAAAUGCAUUUUCUCAUACAUGGAAUGCAUCACAAGGUGCCCUUCGAUGGCUUGAGGCAGGUGUUCCCUCCCAUACCAGCGUUGGUGAUAGCCUCGGUACUAUUUUUACCUAUCUGGUGCACGAUGUCAUAUCCAUGGAUAAAAAUGGCCGGCGGUCUUAUUGGCUACCUCGUGUAUGACAUGAUACAUUACUACGUGCAUCACGGCUCGCCGAGCGACGGUACAUACCUCUACGCUAUGAAGCGGUAUCAUUCAAAUCAUCAUUUUGUUAACCACGACAAAGCUUUCGGUAUAAGCAACAAGCUAUGGGAUCACGUUUUCAAAACGCUGGUUCACGUCAAGAAAUUGGGUUUCGGUUUGAAGUGGUAG